AAAAAAAAAAAAAAAAGUUUUUUUAAGGAAAUGUUACAUUUUUAAGCCGAAAAUAAAAAGAAAACGUCAGACUGAACAUCAUGGAUAAUAUUGGCGUAGGAGUGAUUCUGUACGCUGGCAGUUCCUCAAACAGCUCCAGCCCGGGUCCCAGCAGCCCCUCCAGUGGGUACCAGACUCAGUCUCCCUGCUCCCAGGCCUCCUCUCCUGCGGAGGUCCCCUUCACUGAGAUUGGGGUGCUCAAGAACAGGGGUGGGGGGGGCUCCCCCCAGCUCGUCUUCCAGUUCCCUGAGGGGGGGGGCGCGGAGUGGCCCCAGCAGAGGUUCGGCAUUGUGAGCGUCGGCAGCGGCAAUGCUGGGAAAACUGGGACCAGCAACAGCUUCAGCCACCAGCACAGCAACAACAACCACAACAAAUUGGCGGCCAACAAGCACUGCGGCAUAGCCAGCACCCUCACCAGCGGGUGGGAUGGUGCUGCUCUGCACUGUGUGUGGAGACGUUGCCUCAGGAUUCCACUACGGGGUCCACGCCUGCGAGGGGUGCAAGCCGUGCGUUUCGGUCGGAUCCCGAAGCGUGAGAAGCAGCGCCUCCUGGACGAGAUGCAGAGCUACAUGAGCAGCCUCGGCAAAUCAGCAGCCAUGGACAUAGACUCCUCCCCCAGCCCCGAGGACAGCCAAUCGGAAGAGGCCAUCAGGGCCAUCUCAAGAGCCUACAGAGACAUCUUUGUGACGGGGCGGGACAGGCUGGGCAAGAAGGAGGAGGAGGGGGAGGAGCCAAAUGACUGCAACCACAACCCCUGCCCCGCACUGAACCCGCACACUCACUGCCAGGGGUACCCCCCGUGCCCACGCUGCGCGGCGAGAGACAACAAGCCUGCAGGAUUGGUCAAUAACAAUCACUACGGCUAUCGAGCCCCGCCCCCCGAGACCUCAUCCUCCAAUCAGGGCCAGCAGCAGAGCGAGGCCCCGCCCACUCACAGCCUCUCGGCCAAUCACAACAGCAACGUGGCCAGAGGCUCCGGGGGUCAGAGUUUGUGUCCCUGGGCGAUGAGCGGCAGGGUUAAAGUGCUGGCCUGCCCCCUCAACGCCUCUCCCUUCUCGGAGCCUGGGCGCAGCACUCAGCAGGUCUGGGAGGAUUUCUCUCGCUGCUUCACCCCGGCUGUGACAGAGGUCGUGGAGUUUGCAAAGAGCAUCCCCGGCUUCCAGCAGCUGAGCCAGCAGGACCAGAUCAUGCUGCUGAAAGCAGGGACCUUCCAGGUGUUGAUGGUUCGUUUCUCCUCACUCUUUGACCCCCGGGAGCAGGCGGUCACGUUCCUGGACGGCCGCACCUACCCGCUCCCCGAGCUGCGGGCCCUGGGCAUGGGGCCCCUGCUCGUCUCCAUGCUGGAGUUCAGCGGUAGGCUGGGCGCUCUGGAGCUGCAGGCUGACGAGACCGCGCUCUUCAUGGCUGUGGUGCUGCUGUCAGCUGAUCGCUCCGGGGUUCUGGAUGUGGGCCCGGUGGACCGGUUGCAGGAGUCCCUGACCCACUCCCUGCGCUUUCUCAUCACCCAGAACCACCCCCAGGACCCUGAGCUGCUGUCAAAACUGCUGCUGAGACUCCCAGAGCUGAGAACCCUGAACCAGCAGCACUGUGAGAAACUACUGGCCUUCCACAUCGAACCCUGAGCCAGGGGGACAGGGACAGGAGGACUGCGAGAAACUACUGGCCUUCCACAUCCAACCCUGAGCCAGGGGGACAGGGACAGGGGGACUGCGAGAAACUACUGGCCUUCCACAUCCAACCCUGAGCCAGGGGGACAGGGACAGGGGGACUGCGAGAAACUACUGGCCUUCCACAUCCAACCCUGAGCCAGGGGGACAGGGACAGGGGGACAGGGACAGGGGCAGGGGCAGGGACAGGGACAGUCUUUUUGCUAACGUGGUUUCCACAUUUUGACAUUUUUGGCACCUCCUUUGUUUUUGUUUUUGUAGGUUGUUGUUGCCCUGGUCUGCCUGCAGGGGUCGCUGUUUACUCGGUUGUUCAUUGCGCACCUGCAGCUAAAGAAAGCCAUGCUAGUCACAGUUUGGACAGCGCACUGUUAGAGUCGUAUGAUUUUAUUUAUUGUAAUCUUGUAAACAUUUCUUCUGUUUCCUGAACGACCUGACAGUGACCUGAAUUUGGGGAUCGCCCCUUUUUUUUUUUUUUAGAGGGUGAACCCCAAAGCUUUUGCUUUUCCAGAUGGAACUUUGUCACAGAAGAGAAAGUGUUUUGUUUUGUUUCGUUUUUUUAAGUUUUCAAGUGAAUCUGAAGAAUCUCUGAUUUAUAACUGGUGUUUAUUUUUUUUUUCUUCCUGCAUUCGAUCAUG